CUGUUAUACGCCAAUUUCUCGAGAAACAAUGGAUAGAAUGGUGAGUUCUUUACCGGUACAGCUUCAAUGUUUAUCGUCACUAGAAACACUAAAAAAAGAAGUUUUCCAAGAACACACGAAGUCGUCGAAAGAAGGAAUUUUAAAAAUAGCAAACCUUGAUCCAUACGAGUUUCAUGAAGACCUCUCGUCGUUAGCCACGUCAAUUAAAGCAGAACUGCGACUUAAUGCUCCACUGUGGGAAAAGUCGCGAAAACGUGCUAAGGCAAAUCUCGAGGAAAACCUUUUCAAAUCUAAUCCAAUAGUCUUACAAAUUAUCGAUUUAUGGUACAGAAACUACGAUAAAAUGAUUCUUAUGAAUUACGAAAAUAUAAGUCGAAGGGACUCAAGUUAUACAAUAAAGGAGUUUAAAGAAUUGAUUUUCCUGCCAUUAUUGGAUAUUAAAUAUACCGUACGAAAUCAAUGGUUUGGUGAUGUUAGAAAAAUAUUUCAACAUAAAAAAUACAGCAGUCAUUUGCCACAAAUUGAUAACAAGAAAAAAUUGUCUUCUUUUUUCAAAUGCGUUGCGUUCACCAUGCAAAUUCAGUUCAGAGAAUACAUACAAAAUUCCAUUGUAGACUAUACGGAAUUUAUGUGUGACCCAAAGAAGAAUCCAGGUUUCGUAACAAAUGUGGUAUACAGAAACAAAAAAUUACAACUUUUGCCAUCCUACAAACGUUUACGAGAUUUUGUUAUUUUAAUUUAUGAAUUGAUAACAGAAAUACCAUUAUAUUUAAAACGUAUAGAACAUAUCUUUAAUGACAAAAACUGUAAUACAGAUGUAUUUCUGAAAGUUGAUCUAGAUUAUGAUAUUGUGUGUAAAAAUCGCGAAAAAUUACUAACAUAUUUGGAUGAUUGUUGGGAACAAAAUAAUGUAUUUGUAGAAAAAGUCCAAAAAUAUUUAUAUUUGAUUAAUGGAGAGGCUAAACUUAACGUGGAUAUAUUCAUAUCCCACGAGCAUACUUUUGACGAGUUUAAACAUAAAAUUAUUGAGUAUCAUGACCUUUCUUUGGCUAUACCAUUGGACAUAAAUUCAUUGUCGACGACAGGUGUAUUUAAAAUUAAAUUUACUGAAAUCGUCAGUAUUUUAAUUAAGCAUGCAGAUAAGUUUAAGUAUAUCAUUAUCGAUCACAUGAGGUCUACAUACUUAGCCAUUUCAGAAAAUUUAAAUAGACGAUAUUCGUCUUAUUGUGAUUCAAUACUAACACCACCAAAAAAUGCCGAUGAACUUAUGCAAUUUGUCAUCUUUAUAGCGGACAUGAAAGCUAAUAUUUUACCUGAACUAAGAAAAACAGUAGUUAAGGUGCUUUCAUGUCAAUUUUUUUUGGAUGAUUACAUUCCAAUAACGGAUUUAGCUACUAUGAAACACUUUACCAAAACAUUUAAAUGGUCCAGAUAUAUUCACGAAGUAAUAUCUAUGAGUUCUGAAACGGUUGUAGCAAAAAAAAAUAGAAUUCAAAAAGAUUUUGUGGAUCGUAUAGAUACGUUCGAAAACAAUUUAAUAAAUUAUCAAUCGGAAGUAGAAGAGUUUCAAACACUUGGUGAUAUAAAUGAAAUAGAAAAGUAUGUUAAGAAAUCUGAAAGGUUAGACAAUAAAUUAACAGAAGCAUUGAAAACAAUAACUGAGUUUAACAAGGAAGAAGUAUUUUUUAAUAUGGCAGAAAGCGUGUAUCCACUCUGGAAAACUAUCGCAGAUACUUUAGCACCGUACAAAUCACUUUACCAAAACUGCUAUGAAUUCAUUACCAAUAACGAAAAAUGGAUGAACGCCCAAGUCGGUACAUACGACCCGGAACAAAUUGAUUAUCAUGUUUCCACCUAUUAUCGCAACAUAAUGAAACUUGAGCGGACCUUUAUGAAAAUUCCUGCUCCAUUAGCUAUUGCGAAAACGGUACGAUUAUCGAUUGAAUUAUUCAAACAAAGAAUGCCAGAAAUAAUGACACUGGGCAACUUAUCGCUUAAAGAAUGUCACUGGGAAGAGAUUUCAAAUACUGUAGGAUUUGUAAUGAAUUCUAACCAAAGGCUUACGUUGGGAAAAAUAUUAAGUUUCAAACUCAGUAAAUUUGUACCUCUAUUUGAAAUAAUCAGUGACGGUGCUACUAAAGAAAGUAGUUUAGAAAAGAAAUUGAACUUAAUGAUGGCUGAUUGGAAUAAUUUAAGCUUUAAUCUAGUGGAUUAUAAAAAUUCAGGCACUUUUAUUGUAUCCGCUAUGGAAGAUAUACAAAUAUUGCUUGAUGAUCACAUAAUGAAAACAGCUACAAUGAAAACUUCUCCUUUCGUUAAAGCAUUUGAAAACAAAUUAUUAGAAUGGGAUACAGCAAUUCAUACAUUGAAUGAAAUAAUGGAAUUUUUGGUCAAAGUACAAAUGUCAUGGAUGUAUUUAGAGUCUAUAUUUUCAUCUCCCGAUAUACGAAGCCAAAUUCCAAAUGAAUCUCAACAAUUUAACAUAGUUGAUAAGAUUUGGAGAAAUUUGAUGAAAAAUCUGAAAAGAACAACAAAUAUUUUAGAUGCAGUUAAUAUUGAAAAUAUAUUGGAAGAUUUGACAAAAGCUUUUACACUUUUAGACGUGGUGCAAAAGGGUUUAAAUAGUUAUUUGGAAACAAAACGACUUUACUUUCCGAGGUUUUUUUUUUUGUCAAAUGACGAACUUCUUGAAAUCUUAUCGGAAACUAAAGAUCCAAAAAGAGUGCAACCUCAUUUGAAAAAAUGUUUCGAAGGAAUAUCCACUUUAGUGUUCACUGAAAAAUUAGAAAUUAUAUCUAUGGUAUCUAGUGAAGAAGAAAUUGUAAAUUUAUCAGAAAUAAUUAACACGAUAAAAGCUAGAGGGCAAGUUGAGAAAUGGCUGAUGGAUUUGGAACUGUCUAUGAAAUCUACUGUUAGGCUAACAAUCAAUAAAGCCUUGUUAGCUUACACACAAACCAUUAGACAUGAAUGGGUAGUUCAGUGGCCUGGGCAAGCAGUGUUAGCCGUGUCAUGCACGUUCUGGACUACUGAAAUGACAGAAGCUAUUAAGCAAUACCCAAAAGGACUCCCAGCGUAUUUAAAUAAAUGUAAUGGACAAAUUGAAAAAAUUGUUAGUUUGGUCCGUGGUGUGUUACCACUUCAAACGCGAAUGACUUUGGGCGCCUUGAUUGUAAUGGAUGUUCACGCAAGAGACGUCGUCGAAGAUCUGGUGCACAAAAAUAUUUACAAGACCAACGACUUUGGGUGGAUUAGUCAAUUGCGGUAUUAUUUGAUGGAAAACGACUUGAUCACUUUCAUGAUAAACGCUUCGUUGAAUUAUGGUUAUGAAUAUUUGGGUAAUUCGUCAAGAUUAGUUAUCACUCCACUCACGGACCGCUGUUAUCGGACAUUAUUUUGCGCUCUUCAGUUGAAUUUCGGUGGUGCCCCCGAAGGGCCCGCUGGUACUGGCAAAACAGAGACUACCAAAGACUUAGCUAAAGCAGUUGCUAAACAGUGUGUCGUUUUCAAUUGUUCGGAUAGUAUGGACUACAUUGGCCUAGGAAAAUUUUUCAAAGGUUUACUAUCAUGUGGUGCUUGGGCAUGUUUCGACGAAUUUAAUCGUAUUGACUUAGAGGUUUUAUCAGUAGUCGCACAACAAAUAUUGACUAUUCAACGAGGUAUACAAACUGGUUUGACGAAGAUAUUUUUUGAAGGAUCGAAUUUAACAUUGGACAAAACGUGUGCUAUAUUUAUUACUAUGAAUCCCGGAUACGCCGGACGUUCGGAAUUGCCGGAUAAUUUGAAAGCUUUAUUCCGUUCAGUAGCCAUGAUGGUACCUGAUUAUGCUUUGAUAUCGGAAAUAGUUUUGUACUCUCAAGGAUUCAGUUUAGCUCGUUCACUAUCAGUGAAAAUAGUAGCCACGUACAAAUUAUGUUCAGAACAGCUUUCAUCGCAAAACCAUUACGAUUACGGAAUGAGAGCUGUUAAAACUGUGUUGACAGCAGCUGGUAAUUUAAAGCUUAAAUACCCAGAAGAAGACGAAAAUAUACUUAUGUUACGUUCUAUCAACGACGUGAAUUUACCGAAAUUUCUAGAACAUGACAUUCCAUUAUUUAAAGGAAUAACUUCAGAUUUAUUCCCCGGCAUCGAGUUGCCGACAGCAGACUAUCUAAUAUUGAACUCAGCUAUAGAAGAAGCUUGCGAAGCAUUAAACCUUCAAUGUACUCCAUUUUUUUUGGAAAAAGUCCAACAGAUCUAUGAAAUGAUGAUCGUCAGACAUGGUUUUAUGAUUGUUGGUUUUCCAUUUAGUGGUAAAACAUCAGCUUACAAAGUACUCAGUGGUGCUUUGGAAAUUAUUGAAAAAAAAAAUCUGAUGGAUGAACACAAAGUUGAAAUCAUGGUAAUAAAUCCAAAAUCUAUAACGUUGGGUCAACUUUACGGUCAGUUUGAUCUAAUAACACAUGAGUGGUCAGAUGGUAUUUUAGCUGUUGGAUUCAGAAAAUUUGCUUCUUCGGAUAAUCUCAACAGAAAAUGGCUGGUUUUUGAUGGUCCUGUAGACGCUAUUUGGAUCGAAAGUAUGAAUACAGUAUUGGACGAUAACAAAAAGUUGUGUUUAAUAUCCGGAGAGAUUAUACAGCUCGCUAACACGACUAAUUUGAUCUUUGAACCCAUGGACUUGGAUGUAGCAUCACCAGCAACUGUCUCUAGAUGUGGUAUGAUUUAUAUGGAACCAGUUUCAUUAGGUUGGGAGUGCCUUGUGGAAUCAUGGAUAAAUGAAUUUUCACCAUAUCUGGAUUCAAUGCACAAAAAGACGUGUUACGAUAUUAUCAUACGAUUUACCCGGCCAUUAUUGUUUAUGUUAAGACGUUGCAAUAUGAACGAAGUGUUUCCUACAUCCGACUCGAACUUGGUCAGAUCGUUAACAAACAUUUGCGAUACUUAUAUGACACCAUAUUUUGAUCAAGAACAUAUGAAAACAGCUCUACAACGUGAUAUCAGAUCACAAAUCGAAAAUAUAUGUUUUUUCUCAUCGAUUUGGUCUUUGGGAGCGGCUUUAGAUGCAAACAGUCGAAUAAAAUUUAAUCUUCUGUUUCGAGCAUUGUUGGAGGACAAGUUUCCAAAAAAAGUGGCUAAAGCCUUGAACAUACCCGUUAAACUAUGUCCAUCGCCAAACACCCCUUAUUCGAGCACAAUUCCCCAAAUGAGUUUGGUUUUCGACUACAGAUAUGUUUUAAUGAAAAGAGAUAAAGGACUGUGGAUACUGUGGUCCGAUUAUAUAAAAGAAGAACCCCCCAUACCGCAAGACAUUCCUUUCAAUAAAAUUAUUGUUCCUACUGUGGAUACAAUACGAAAUCACGUAUUGAUGUCAAAGCUUUUAAAAAAAAACAAACCUAUGAUGAUGGUAGGGAAAACCGGAACGGGAAAAUCUACAUACAUUUUGGAUUAUAUUUUUACGAAAAUCGACCAGGACUCUAACCAUCCGUCAUUUAUCAACUUUUCGGCGCAGACAUCGGCUAACACUAUACAAGAUAUAAUCAUGAGCAAACUAGUUAAGAGAAAACGAGGAGUAUUUGGUCCUCUGAUUGGUACAAAAUGCAUAAUAUUUAUCGACGACGUAAGUAUGCCGCAAAAGGAGUAUUAUGGUGCCCAGCCACCUGUAGAACUUUUACGACAAUAUCUGGAUAAGUUUCCGUGGUACGAUCGCAAAGAACUUGUGCCGUUAUAUCUUGAAGAUGUGCUGAUAUUAUGUGCGAUGAGUCCACCGUCAUCGGGUAACACCGUGACCGCAAGAUUUAGUCGUCAUUUCAACAUCAUUGUGACCAAUUCUUUCGAUGACGUAACAAUGGUUACAAUUUUUAGCAAAAUUUUAUUUUGGCAUUUAGAAAUCAAAGGUUUCAAUAAACAAUUUGAUUCGUGUGUUGAUGAGUUGAUAAAUUCAACAUUGGAUCUACAUAAAAAAAGCAUUGCAUAUUUAUUGCCAACACCAGCUAAAUCUCAUUAUUUAUUCAACUUAAGAGACUUUUCUAAAGUCAUCCAGGGCAUCAUGUUUUCUAUUCCUGCGACGGUUGCAGAUGUAAUAUCUAUGAAACGCCUUUGGACGCACGAAAUUUUAAGAGUGUAUUAUGAUCGUUUAGUUGAUGAAGCGGAUCGUUCGUGGUUUUUCGACACUUUACGAUUUGUCUGUAAAGAAUUUCUGAAAGAGGACCUAGACAAAAUGUUUGCUCAUCUGACAACAAAAGAAAACAAAAAGGUGAGUCAAAAUGAAUUACGCCAGUUAAUUUAUUGCGACUUUUCUGAUCGAAACAAUUCAGAUAAAAAUUAUAAGGAAAUUCAUGAUUUGGAUAGUCUUCGAACAACAGUUGAAGGAUACCUAAAUGAGUAUAAUCAGAUGAGCAAAAAACCUAUGAAUUUAGUACUUUUUAGAUUUGCUCUUGAACACCUUUCUCGAAUUAGUCGCAUUUUUAAUCAACCACGAGGACAUGCUUUACUUAUUGGAUUAGGAGGAUCAGGUCGAAAGUCACUUACUAAACUUGCUGCACAUAUUGCACAAUACGACCUAUUUCAAAUUAAUAUGACACGUACGUAUGGAACUAAUGAAUGGCGUGAUGAUUUAAAAGUUGUAUUUAAGAGAGCUACAAUUGCAUUUGAUCAAAAUGUUGUGUUCUUAUUUGCGGAUUCUGAAAUAAAAAAUGAAGGAAUGGUCGAAGAUAUAAAUAAUUUACUAAACUCGGGUGAAGUACCAAAUUUAUUUAUGAUGGACGAGAAAAUAGAAAUUUGUGAGAAAAUGCGUAUACUAGAUAGACAACGUGAUAAAAUAAUACAAACUGACGGAAGUUCCACCGGUUUAUUUAAUUUAUUCACUCAAAUUGUGCGAGACCAAUUGCAUGUCUCAUUGGCAUUAAGUCCCAUUGGUGAUGGUCUUAGAACAAGAGUAAGAAAAUUUCCAUCGCUCGUGCAAUGUUGUACGAUUGAUUGGUUCCAGCCUUGGCCUGCAGAUGCUCUAAAAGCAGUAGCUACAGAAUUUUUAGGUGACGUAGAUUUGACCGAUCAUGAACGUAAUGUUAGUAUUAAAAUGUGUCAACAAUUUCAUAUAACGGUCGAAAAUCUAUCAAUAGAAUUUCAUGCUAAACUACAGCGUAAAAUUUAUGUAACACCGACUUCUUAUUUAGAAAUGAUUUACACAUUUAAAGACGUUUUAAGCAAAAAACGGUUUGAAAUUUCUACUUCAAAACGUCGGUAUGAAGUAGGAUUGGAAAAAUUACAGAAGGCAGCCGACGAUAUUGAAAUAAUGCAAAUAGAAUUAAAAAAGUUGGAACCUGAGAUCAUAACUGCUGCGGCAAAUGUAAAAGUUAUCAUGCAGAAAAUAGAAGUCGAAAACAAAGAAAUAUCAAAAGUCAAAGAAAUCAUUAAAAAAGAAGAAGAAAAAGCUCUUAAAACCGCAGCGGAAGCCCAAGAAAUAAAAAAUGAGUGCGAAGCUCACAUGGAAGCCGCGAAACCUGUAUUAAAUGCUGCUCUCGCUGCACUAAACACAUUGACUGCUAAUGAUAUUACAUUUGUAAAAUCAAUGAAUAAUCCUCCCAAUGCAGUUAAAUUGAUUAUGGAAACUAUUUGCAUUAUUAAAGGCAUAAAACCAGACAAAAUUCCCGACCCCGCUUCUGGGAAAAUGACAGAAGAUUAUUGGGGACCGUCCAAAAAAUUACUCAAUGACAUAAAAUUUUUGGAACAACUGAUUAAUUUUGACAAGGACAAUAUACCGAGUAAAGUUAUGCAAGUCAUUAAUGAAAAUUACCUCACAAAUCCAGAUUUUGAUCCUAAUAAAGUAAAAAAAGCAUCAAUCGCUGCACAAGGCCUAUGCAAAUGGGUAAUAGCAAUGUCUAGUUACGAAAAAGUGGCAAAAGAAAUACAGCCGAAAAAGAUUGCUUUAGCCGAAGCAGAAACCAUUUACAACAAUGCCAUGGAUGCACUUAAUGAAAAACGUUCACAGCUUACGGAGGUUGAAAUUAAACUUAAAAUUAUUCAAGACAGUCUUGAUGAAAAUGAAUCCAAAAUGUCUAUGUUACAAAAUAAAUCAGACGGAGUACAAAUAAAAAUGAAACGAGCCGGAGAAUUGAUAGGUGGUUUAGGAGGUGAAAAACAGCGGUGGAAUCAGACUGCUAUAGAUCUUGGAGAACGUUAUUUAAACCUAACCGGUGACCUGUUAAUAAGUUCGGGAAUUAUUGCAUAUUUAGGCCCGUUUACAAUGGAUUAUAGAAGUCGUCAAAUCAAAAAUUGGGUUGACGAAAUUAUUGAAAAUGAUAUUAUAUGUACUAAAGAUUUCCAGCUAAGUGCAAUACUUGGAAAACCGGUCGAUAUCAGAGCUUGGAAUGUAGCCGGUCUGCCGACGGAUUUAUUUUCCAUAGAUAAUGGAAUUAUUGUCAUGAAUGCUAGACGAUCAGCCCUAAUGAUUGAUCCUCAAGGACAGGCCAAUAAAUGGAUAAAAACAAUGGAAAUUGAAAACUCAUUACACAUCAUUCGAUUCACUUCAACCAACUAUAUCAAUGUACUUGAGCAUGCGAUCACCAGUGGCCAACCAGCACUAUUAGAGAACAUUAAUGAAGAAUUAGAUCCUAUAUUGGAACCCGUAUUGUUAAAACAGAUAUUUUUAAGUGGCGGUACUAAUUGCAUAAAACUAGGUGAUUCUAUUAUUGAAUAUGAUCAAAAUUUUCGGUUAUACAUUACAACCAAACUGAGAAAUCCACAUUACUUACCAGAAAUAGCUGUAAAAGUUGUGUUGUUAAAUUUCAUGAUAACGCCAAUUGGUCUUGAAGAUCAGUUAUUAGGUGUAGUAGUGGCUAGAGACAGACCUGAUUUAGAAGCCGAAAAAAAUGAAUUAAUUAUUGAAGGUGCUAAAAAUGCCAGAGCCUUAAAGAAUAUUGAAGACGAAAUAUUGCUAGUCUUAAGUUCAUCUAAAGGAAAUAUUCUAGAGGAUGAAGGUGCCAUACAAAUAUUAAGUUCUUCAAAAAUAUUAGCAAACGAAAUAAAAAUAAAACAAGCAGAAUCCGAGAUCACUGAACGAUCAAUAGAUAAAAUCAGACAAAAAUAUCGCAUAGUUGCGACGCAUUCAAUGAAAUUAUUUUUCACCAUUGACACAUUGUCAAAAAUUGAUCCUAUGUACCAAUAUUCUCUUACGUGGUUCUUAAAUUUAUUCACCAUAGCUAUAAAGAAUAGUCCUAAACGUAUGAACAUUGAUGAAAGAACCUACGAGUUGAUUAAAUAUUUUACUUAUUCAUUGUAUGUUAACAUUUGUAGAAGUUUAUUUGAAAAAGAUAAGUUAUUGUUAUCGCUGAUGAUGGCUAUAAAUUUAUCUGAAAAAAUCAACAUGGAAGAAUGGGUAUUUUUCCUCACAGGAGGCGUUAGUUUGGAUAACCCGUUCAAGAAUAAUACUAGUUGGUUACCAAAUAAAAAUUGGGAUGAAUUGUGUAGACUUGAUAAACUUCAUAAAUUCGAGAAUAUAAAAGCUGAUUUUGAAGCUAACACAGAUGAAUGGAAAAAGUUAUAUGAUUCAUUAGAACCACAUUUGGCUAAUUUCCCUGAUCCAUGGGACAAUCAUCUCGACUAUUUUCAAAAAUGUCUUGUACUACGUGUAAUUCGAUAUGAUAAAAUUAUACCAGCUAUUCGAUAUUUUAUUUCUCAUCAUUCGAUGUUAGAGCAAAAAUUCACAGAACCUCCGCCAUUUGAUUUGGACUCAACGUUUGAAGAUUCGAAUUCUUUAACGCCAUUGGUUUUCGUGUUAACGCCAGGUGCAGAUCCAACUGCAAUGUUGCUUAAGUUUUCGGAAAAAAUGAAAUAUGGUGCUCGUUUUUCGGCUUUAUCAUUAGGUCAGGGACAAGGUCCAAUUGCUUUAAGACUCAUCACUGAAGCUACCAGAAUGGGUAACUGGGUGAUGUUACAAAAUUGUCAUUUAGCUCAAAGUUGGAUGACACAGCUUGAAAUGAUAUGUGAAAAGUUUUCUGCUGACCAAACCCAUCCCGAUUUUAGACUUUGGUUGACAUCGUAUCCUGUUGAGUAUUUCCCGGUAUCGAUAUUGCAAAAUAGUAUAAAAAUUACUAAUGAACCGCCUAAGGGUCUUCGAUCCAAUUUAUACAGAACAUUUACAAGUGACCCGAUUGCAAAUGAAGAUUUUUUUGAAGGCUGUAAACAAAGCGAAAAUUUUAAAAAGAUGCUUUUCGGGCUAUGCUUCUUCCAUACCCUUAUUCAAGAGCGACGUCACUUCGGGCCAAUCGGAUGGAACCGGUCGUACGAAUUCAAUGAGACUGACCUCAAAAUAAGCGUUAUGCAACUGAACAACUUUUUAAACGAAUAUCAAAGUAUUCAAUUCGAUGCAUUACGUUAUUUAAUCGGUGAAUGCAAUUACGGUGGCCGCGUAACCGACGAUUGGGAUCGCCGAUGUUUAGCUACAAUUUUAAACAAUUUCACCAAGCGAGAAAUCGUUAAAUACAAAAACUUUAAAUUUGAUACAGCUGGAGUAUACUUUUGUCCCAAUUUUACGAAAUACGAUGAUUUUGUGGAUUACAUUCAAGAAUUACCUUCAAUUACCCACCCAACGAUAUUUGGACUAAACAAGAACGCAGAUCUUAUCAAAGAACAACAAGAAAGUGACGUUUUACUCACUUCCGUGCUUAGUACUCAAAAUAUGGAUAUUUCAAGUGGUGGAAAUGAAGUAUCGUCAGAACAAUUAAUAAUAAUGUUUACUACAGAUGUUCUUGAAAAACUUCCAAUGCCUUUCGAUACAACAACUGUGUUAGAAAAAUACCCUACUAAUUAUAAUCAAUCCAUGAAUACGGUUCUGGUUCAGGAAAUGGGGCGGUUUAAUAACCUAUUGAACGUAAUAAGAUCGAGCCUCAUUAAUACUCAAAAGGCUAUCAAAGGUCAAAUAUUGAUAUCUAAUGAACUAGAAGAGCUUUGUCAGAGCAUAAUAAUCGGAAAACUUCCGACAACUUGGUCAAGAAAUUCAUAUCCAUCUCUAAAGCCUCUGGGGAGUUAUAUAAAAGACUUCUUACAAAGAAUGGAAUUCUUGAAAAAAUGGUACGUUCAUGGAGCCCCAGAUAUAUUUUGGUUGUCUGGAUUUUAUUUCACGCAAGCAUUUUUGACUGGAGCGCAACAAAACUUUGCCAGAAAAUAUAAGAUACCAAUCGAUUUACUGACAUUCGAUUUUAAGAUCAUGAGCAGGACGGUGGUGCCGAACGCGGCCGCGGAAGACGGUGUCUACGUGUACGGGCUAUUCCUGGACGGGGCCAGGUGGAGCGACCGGAGAGGCGUGCUAAAGGAGUGCAGGCCGAAGCAGCUGUUCGACGCGAUGCCCAUCGUACACGUGCUGCCGGUGAUUAGGACCGAACUGACGCUAGGUCCGGUGUACGUCUGCCCCACGUACAAGACGACCGAACGACGAGGUACGCUGUCUACUACGGGGCACUCGACCAACUUCGUGAUCGCAUUGCUGUUGUCAACCGACAAACCACCCGACCACUGGGUAAUGAGAGGAGUCGCUUUGCUCUGCCAAUUAUCUCAGUGA